UUGACCAAUCACAGCACAUGUAGGAGGAGUGAUUUCCUGGAAGAAUAAUGUCACAGCUGCCAUGUGUGUUGUACCACUAGCCACCAUAUUUACAGCAAGUGCGGCUAGUUGACAUGUGUGAUGUGAAUGAAUGGUGAUUGUCUGAUUUACACGUACAUGUUUAGACAUUCCUAAAACGCGGGUAUAGAAGUAGUGACUGCUAAAUUCGCAAGUUUGUUUUUCUUGCGAGCAAAAACGGGGCCCUGAAGCCUCCCUCCUUCGGUGCUCCCCCACCGCUAUUAUCAAGCUAACCGGCUACGAUCUUCAGUGAAAGCCGGGAGUGGAACAGCUGGUUAUUUAGCAAGCUCACUUAGCCCGACUACCCGUUUACUUCUAGCUGAAUUUAGUUCCUCAGAUCAAACUGCUCACCGCUUGUUUAUCCUUUUAACCCAGUUGGCUAGUAACAUGAACAGAAUAUGGGGUUGUUGGUAAACGGAGCUUUCGCUUUGGCCUUCUUGUUACUUGCUAGCUACAAUCACGGAUCACGGUUUUGCUGGCAAGCGUGGCUGUAGCUGUAAAUAUCCAAGUCGGGGAAUCAACAGCUGAACUAGGGGGAAAGCAAAGUAACUUGGCUUCAGCGAGGCAGUCGGUGGAGCGAUUGAAUGCAGUAUUCCCGCCUGUGAUCCCAGACUUGUACUGCUGCCUGUCCUGAACCACCAACAAGCGAGUGCAGGUUUCCCUCCCCUUCCACCAGAGGGCACCCCUCCAACUUGUCUAUCGAAUUCCUGGUAGCCAUGGGAAAGAAGAGCCAGCGUCGCCCAGAUGAGGAGCAGUCGUCUUCAGAAGAGGAAGAAUAUGUGGUGGAGAAGGUGCUGGACCGGAGGAUGGUGAAGGGGCGUGUGGAGUACUUCCUCAAGUGGAAAGGCUUUUCAGAGAAACACAACACGUGGGAGCCAGAGAAAAACCUGGACUGCCCCGAGCUCAUUGCAGAGUUCAUGAAGACCUACAAGAAGGGCAGCAGCGGGGGAAGCACCCCCGGCACAGGCGGGGCUCGGGCCGCCAGCAUGGGCUCCUCAGGGGGGCGCUCCAAGGACAGCAGCAGCACCAAGAGGAAAAACUCCACCGAGGAAGAGGAGGAAGAGGGGGGCAGCAAGCCCAAGAGGAAGAAGGAGGACGACAUCCUGAUCGCACGGGGCUUCGAGCGGGGGCUGGAGCCUGAGAAGAUCAUCGGGGCCACAGACUCCUGUGGUGACCUCAUGUUCCUCAUGAAAUGGAAGGACUCUGAUGAGGCAGACCUGGUGCUGGCGAAGGAGGCCAAUCAGAAGUGUCCACAGAUUGUCAUCGCCUUCUACGAGGAGCGCCUUACCUGGCAUGAAGACGGGGACAAGAAGGAGAAAGGCGCUGUGAGCAUGUGAGCCGUGACGAGCUGCAGGGGGCGGGUGGCAGGAGCAGCGCGAGAGGAAACCCGUUCGAACAUCCCGUCUGCGGGCCCCGAACCCUGGAGACGACCGCUGACACCUUCACCUCCCGCUCCCCUCCCGCUCCUUGAGUGACUAGACCAUUUUAAAGUACACAAACCAACCAACCAACCAAGAAUGGAGGGCGUGGCCUGCUUCAUGACACCUCCCUUCACCCACCCCUUUCCCCCAACUACCAUGUACAGCCAAAACUCAAUGAUUACCAUCCAGGGUCAUUGUUACGGAAAAACUGAAGAGGAAAAUGGAAAACGAAACAGAGAGACAUGGGGAUGGGAGCUGGUUUGCUUUGAACAGUUUGGGGGGGCUUUUUUUUAAUCCUGGUUUGUCUACUGUGCUUUUGUGAUCUCUGGAAAAAAAAAAAAAGCUGUUAAUGUGGGAUGAGACGAUCCAGUUAGUUUUAGUUCAUGAAUGUCUUGAAAGCUUGUCUUCAGUGUGAAUGGGUGUAGAACAGGGGUUACCAAACUCGGUCCUGGUGCCUCCCCAUAUAUGCUGAUUUGUGUUCCAGCUGGUCUCUCUGUCAGUUGUCUCUCUUUGGAAAUGUCUUUCACUGCUGUUUUGUGUUGUUUUUUCACCUCAAACAUAUUUUAACCAAAUGCAGGCUUGACACACUGCCAGUUACUUUGGCUGUAAGCUAAUUUUCCACAAUUGGGUGUUUACCGUCUGUGACCAGGUGUCCGCACUUCCAGUAUUUAGGACACCAGUGUGAUUUCGCUUGUCAUUCAAUCAAUUAAUUUAUUGGGCAAAUGUAGCCUUUUUUCUGAAGGCUGUGUUUGCCACAUAGCAGAUUACAGACUGUAAUGGAUUGGUGGCAUGAGCGUUGAUGGGACUGAUCAACAAGUCCUUGAAUUAACACAGGCUAUUCAUUCUUUGUGGGGCACAUAUCUAUUUCUAAUAUUAUGUGGCCUUAUAAGGCAGAUUGUUGUCAAGUGUCUAACUCGGAUUGGUUUAGUAAUUGCUCUGUACACCUAGCAUACUGUAUUUACUGUUGGACCAAUAUGCAGCAUAUGCACAGAGGCCCCAGGAAUGAGUUUGUGAAGCCCUGGUGUAGAGAUUGUAGGCAAGUGUGUGGGGGAGUCUGAAACAUUCUCCCAGUGCAGGCGGCCAUACUGUGGUGUGACCUGAGAGUGGUCACCACUGAAAGUUAGCAUGGGCGUUUCCUCUUAAGCUACCAAUCCAUGAGCGAGGCCCAUGGUGCACUGGCUUUAGUGUUGAUGGCCUUGGGUUGUAGCUGGGUGGCCAAUGUGUGCAAGUUAGAAGGACGCAUUAAAACUGACCAUCUUGUGGAGGGCAACAGGGUCCAUAAUUACACAAUCGGCAAUCAUUCUUCAUCCAUUUCUCUGGUUGAAGAUCGCCAGAUUCUACAUGGAGGAAAAAUAUUGACCAUAGCAGCAAGACCAGUUUCUCAUAAAUUCACUUUUCACUUUGUUUUCCAUUACGUGUUUGUUUUGAUGUGCCCCUUUUCGCCUUGGAAGGGCACAAAAAACAUUCCAAAUGUGACAAUUUGACCUGUUAGAGCACUAGCUGAACCCAUUUGUGUGUUCUGAGAACGACCUGGUCGCGUUCUGUUCCAGUAAGGUGUGGGAGUAAAGCAGUACUUGGGUAUUUGGCUGCUUGGAUCUGCAUGUUCUGACUCUGAAAUGAAGUUUACGAGACCUCGGCUGCUCUCUUCGUCCAGGAGGAUUUGAGGUCAACGGGGGUCAGAGCUCUUAAUGGCACUGUUUGUGUUGUAGACCAACACAGUUUUUUAUUCUGGAAAAAGAGGCAAAUGCAACAUAAAUCUUCACUGAGCUAGAAAAAAAAAAGAUUACCUGUGUUAACGAGUGCGGUUAUUUUUAUGAGAACGCUGCUGAACUGGUUCUUUUCUGAACAUGUGAACACGGUUGUAUUUUAAAGGUAAGAAACAAUGUGUCAGUUUUAAUUCCAGUUUUAUUGCAAAUGUUGGCUUUUGAUGCAGACUGUGGCUCUCAUACUGCUGUGGCUCUGAAUGUGUAAAUAUCCAGAUUUUCAGAUAUUACUUAUCUGCAUGUGGAAAAAGAGACAAACGACUCUCCCAUUUGAACGUCAUGCUAAAAUCACUGUAGAUUGAGCUUCAUGUUAACAAAAUCAGGGUAGACUGUUUUGUUUUUCAAAUUAUAACUUUGACAAUCAGCAGAUUUCUCAUACGUGUGAAACCACGGGAUGGACGGGGAGGUGGGGUGUCUAUAGAAUUGCUAAUUGCAGCAGUUACCUGAAGCUCAAUGGCAGUGUGGUUCGGGUACAGGGUGCCCACAGUCCAUGAAAUUCUUUAGAAAGAUUUUCAUCCUGGAAAGUCAUGAAAAUGGGUUAAAUACUCUACUUUCCUGAAAAUCAUUAAAAUUGCCCAGAUCAAAACAAAGGAAGCAAAAUGUCCUAGCCCUUAUGAUAAGCCUGCCACCAAAAAUCAUUGUGGACUCCUGCCAAGAGAAUGUGCGUAACGUAUAAAUCUGACAGAUGCAACGUAGGCUGUAUGUUAUGCGUCUCAAGUAUUUCCCCCUGCAGGUUCAUCUCCAGGGUGGCACAGUUUCACAAGAGGAUGCUAAUUGCAUCAACAAAACAAUACCUAAACAAAACAUCUGUUCAUGAAGUACAGUAUUUGAACUAAAAAUCUUAUUUGGGUGGGAGCCCUGACCUAGGAUGGAAUUUUGCUGAAUGAACACAGCAUGCAUUGAAUUUUUUUACGUGUUUUUGAUCUUGGAAAAAUGGUUCUUGUGACCUUCUGAUAUGGUUAGACCCCCCAAAUGUGGCCCUAGUUUUGGCUGGCAUGAGUAUGGCUGAUGUCAGAUGAGCACAUGGGUCUGCCACAAAACUGACAUCACCUUCAGGGAUGGUCAGGAUAUCAGUGUGGUUAGUGUCCUUGGCUCUGGCCUUUGGGUCUUCAACUGAUUGAAGUAAUCAUAUUUUUUGGUGUGGCAUGGCAGCUUCACCCAAUCUGAGGGCCUCAUUGACCUAUCGCUGUUCACCAUGACAAAAACCACAGGUGACCGGAAUGAAGCCUUGCUGAAGGAGGAUGCAGGGUUCCCCACAAGCUCUCCACACUGGCAGGAGGCCUACUCUGUCUACAGGUGGUACGGUCACACCCCUUUUCCACUAUAGAGCUGGAACCAGGCUUGCACAAGCUGGAAGCAGUGGCUGACUCAGGACAGCACGCUUGGUUUUCCGCUGCAUUCCACUGAUCUUUCACACUGCUGCAAGCAGCGUUAGGCAGUUUUCCAACUGCCCAUGGUGACUUUGCAGGUAUUCCAUAUAAUGGGUUGAACCUACAGGACUUAAUGUAAAAGAAUGGAAACUUAACCAAAACCUGGACUAAGCAGGAACUGAACAACUUGGUUCUAGCUCCAUUGAGGAAAAGUGGUACCAUUUCACCCUCUACACCAAAGUUCUACCCCCAGCUGAAAUGUGAAUUGAAAUUCUGGUCAGGUUUCCAGUACAGAUGUAUUUCUCCAGUUGUUGUUGACACCUGCUUUGUCUCAACAUUGUUGCCGGUCAAAUACUGUAUGUUGUGAAGGCCCAGCCUCUGUUCCAGAGUGACUGAAUUCCCUGCGGACUGCAGCUGACACUCGUCUUUGUUUGAGCGUGGGGCUGCAACAAACUGCUUUCAUCCGGCUCAAGUCAGUAACAUAUAUUGGAAAUGGAAUAAUGGAAUAACAUAAAAACGGAUCCCCCUUCCCCACCUGCAAAAUAUCCCCUUGCAGAUUGUCAUUGCAGUCUCUCUCCAAGGCAUAUGUGACAGGGUUGUAGGAACUUUCAGUGUUGAUUUGUGAAACCAGGUACCAACUAAUUUGUGACCUGAGUAUUAACCUCUCCCUUUUUUUAAUGUUCUACACACACCCCCUCCCAUCACCCUCAACACCUCUAAUAUACAUGUACUUUUUUUUAAACUCAUUUUUAUCCAAUCUGAGUGUUUUCAAGAUGUGCUGCGAUCAGUGUAUGUUAC